UAGAGGGCGGGCAGGUUCAAAUGAUUGUCGUGACAUUCGGGACCUGUCGGCACAGUUUUUAUUUCGCGUAUUCCGCGAUCGAGGCAAUUGAAGGCUCGAAAUGUCAGAAAUUCGACGGGAAUCUACGAAUGUUUGUAAUGUCAGUUACAAGUGACGCAUUAGCGCUUCCCGCGGCGCGUUCUUCACGCGAAACGAUGCCAACAGGAUAAAUUAUGCCUCGAAAAGAGAACACCAAAGCGAAAACAUGGGAGCGAGACAGAAGAAAACGUAUGAACGCUUACUUCAAAACUCUGGCAGACCUUUUGCCCCCGCAUCAGGAGGGUCGCAAACGCAACAAGGUCGACAUCCUGAUUCACGCAUCGAAGUAUAUCAAAGACCUCCAUAGCCGUACAGAGGAGUUGUUUUCUGCUCAUGCCUCUGAAGCGCAUAAGGAGGAAUUGGCUCGUCUGAAAAAACUUGUAACUCAGCUUUUCUCUCGUACUCAACUAUUAUCUACUCUUCUACGAGAUGCUGGUAUCUCUGUGCCAGCAGAGCCAGCCCUUGAAAAGAUAUCUCCCCUGAAAUGGUCGAAUAAAAUUAAUGUAGAGGAUGCAGAGAAGUAUUUCAGCAAAACGGAAGAAGUUACGAAUAAUAAAGUGAAGAAUUCUGAAUGCAAAAGGGAGAAGUCUGCAGAACUCAAAGUGCCUUCUAAGAGAAAAUCAGUUACUUCUUCUCAUUCGUCUAGUAAAAAAUCAAUCGAAAAUAGCGAUAUUUCUAAGGAUGUGAAUAGUUGUUCCUUAGAGAAUCAAGAGAAUCAAGUAAAUUCUGCAAACAGCAAUGAUGAUAACUCAGAGGCUACAAGUAAUGCAUCAGAUACAAGAUCCAAAGAACCAGAAUGUUGUCAAACGAACACAAGUUGUGACAUAGCAGUCAAUUGUCCAGUAAAUAGCAAAACUAAUGAUGCAUUGCAAAAAGUAGAAUCUCAAAAAAAGGUAAAAAGGAAAUCGAAGAAAAAGGAGGAGAAAAAAUCAUUGACGCAGUGUAUAAAUAAUUCCGUGACUAGUUUGACCCCAAAUACCCUCAUAUUAUCUGGUGGUAAAUUAAUGCCCUUGGUAACUCCAAUGACAUCGAACAUAAUUGUAAAUACUCAGCAACAACCAGCGAAUCCCAUAAUCCUCGGUAACAGUCAGCAAAAUCAGAUGAUUGUGAUGCAACCUUUGACAAAUCGUGUACAAAACCCGGUUGUUUCCAUUUGCAAUCAAGCUGUGAUUAAUACGGUUCAGAAAGUUACGCUCAAUACGGUCCCUAGUAUUCGCACGAAAAUGGUAGUGGAUUCACAAAAUUGGACAUCCAAUGUGAAGAACAUAAUCAAUGCAACAAAGAUAGGUGGCCACAAAGGCAUUUUGCCUAAGGGUAAGGAGAUUACGGAAACAACGAUGACAUAUAAAGUUCCUAUUCCGGCGGUUCAUAAGGAAAAAGCAGAAAAAUAUAAAGAACAUGGAUCUAAGAAGGAGAUGGAAGUUAGAUUGAAGGCCAACAAAAGUCACAGUAAGAGUUCUAAAAAUCAACAGCCUACAGAAACUGUUGAAGAAAAGAAUGAAAAAGAGAAAGUCACAAAAAAUAUUGAAGACGCAAAUUCUGUGCAGAAAACUGUACUUAAACGUUCUGCAAGCGCAGAAGCUGGAUGUGUGGAUGAACCUAGUGAUAAAAAACGAAAAACGGAUGAAAACCGUGAACACAACUCAGCGAGUACGGUAUCUAUACCGAAGUCGGAUUUUGCUGUCACUUGUAAAUCUAUUGAAAGUUUGAAACACGUUAUAGAAAAGAUAGGUGAAGAAACGAAUGAAGAACAAGAUAAAAGUAAUUCCCUGAAUGAUUCUGAAGAAAAUACAGAAACGAACGUAGAAUGUUCCGUUUUGUUAAGUGGUACUAACCAGGAGGAUAUUUCUGACUCUUCAAAAUCAGCGGAGGUUCUGACAGUGGAUAGCAUCCAUUGUGAGACAAAAGGAUGCCGAGAUGCAUCAGUUUCGCAUACAACAUCCCCAGUCACUUUCUCGGACGAACACUUAAAAUCUUCCAAUGAAAAUGUUUCAGUUUCACCUGAAACUGAUUUUAACAUUACCAUAAACAGUACACUGGAAAAGUCAAGCAACAAUAUCAGUUGCUCUGAUUCUAAAUCAACUUUGACAGAAGUAGCAAAAACGGUUGAAAAUCCUGUGGCUAAAAAGAUGAAAGAUGUUUGUAAUCUUGAUACAGAAUUUGACAACCUCUUACAGGUGGCACCAAAAGAGCCAGAGGUUGUUGAGGGAACGACAACUAACUUAGAAAGUAAUAAAAUUAUUUUAAAUCUAGAUACAAAUACCACAACAACUUUGAAACCAGAAACAAGUACUGCAGUUCAAACUCCAGAUAUCACAACGCCGUCAUCGUCAUUGCUUUCGGUUAAUAUAGUGGAGGACGAAUCCAAGAUAGCAAAAACAUCAAAGGACGAAGUAUCAAAAUCGUCACUAUCAUAUAACACGGAGAAUACUUUUGUACCUAUUGGUAAUAGAGCCGAUGGUCUUCAUUCUGAUCUUUCAAAUGAUAUAUUUGCAUCUCUUCAAGUUCCUUCCAGCUCUCACAAUCCAGAAUCUAUAUCUCCUACAGCAGCAUUUUUAAUGGCUUUCCCAUUAGUGUCUUCGCUAAAUGGUAAAACAGAAGUCUUAGAGGAGGAAAUGAAAGAGGAUUUCAAAUAUCAUAGUCAAACGCCACCCAUGCUUCUACAGAUCGGGGCAAUGGAACCUAAUAGUUUUAAGCUAAAGGCAGCAUCACCACCUCAUUCCACCGUAGAAAAACGUCUAAAAGUAACAUGCGAAGAAAAAAAGACUAUAAAUCCUCCCGUGAGCGAGACAGUGUCACCAAACAUGAUGGUGGAAUGUACUACAACUGCGAAAGCCUUGCCCAAAGUUAUAAACGACGAACCUCUCAGGGAACCUUAUAAAAUUGUUGUAGAAAAGUCUACAACUUCUAGUUCUUUCUCCAAUGCGACUAUGUAUUCUAUUUCAAAUGCUUCAGGUACUACUUCAGUUAUCAAUACUUCAGAAACGGGAGAAAAUUGUCAGAACCAACUCACAACAAAUUUGAGAAAUGCAAUCACAAACACUACUAAUGAAAAUGUUGCUGUUUCUCAGAUUAAUACAGUCUCUAUUUCAAAUAAAUCAGAUCCAACUAAUUGUCCUGUACAGGCAUCAACCUGUGACACUAAUGUUCGAUAUAGCACUUCUCAGGAUUUUUUAUCGAGUUACUCGACGAUCGUUGAGAACAAUUUGACCACUUUGCAACAGAAUGCAAAUUCUUGUUCGGCGAUUCAAGAAACGAAUGCAUCUGGUUUGACUCAAAAUGUCGUUCCAGAUGUGUCGCAGGCACCACCUCUAGUUUCACAUUUGACUAAUACUAACACAACAACAAAUACUUCGUCCCUGCCUUUACAAACAUUGCAAAUGGAAUAUACUUCUCAUAUGAAGGAUAAAGAAUCUCACAGUUCCCGUGUUGCUUACGGAGUUCAUGGCAAGGAUCCUCUAGUAGAUUCUAACAUAGUUACCAAUAAUCGUUUGAACUAUACUGGCCAUAUAGACAGAGUUCUUCCCACUCCUUCUCAGAAUAUCCAGCAAGAGUAUUCAAUGCGAUCUAAAGAAGCGACUCUACCAAUUCUCCCUUCACAACCCAUGCAGACUGUCUAUGAAUCACAACCUAAAGAUAGUCACGUUCUAACUACUCAACAAAAUGUUCAUCAGAAUUACACUUCAGUUCAUGAGAAAGAUCAUAUUAUUCAGAACUCUCACAAUGAUUACACCAUUGAUCAGAAUAAAAAUGUGCCUCGAAAGGAUUCGUAUUCGACAGGGAGUAGUAACGCAACCACGUCGAACAGGAAUCCGAGUUACCCUUCGAAAGAUUCGAUAUCAAACUCAUCCGAGGAUCAUUUCCAACGCAGUUAUACGAAGAUAAACAAGGAGUCUGAUUCUUCGGGCACCAAUGUCGUGAAUCAGGAUCAAAAAUUGAACGAUGUUUUGAGAUCAAAAGCUCAGGAACCACAAGGUCAUAGACGUGAUACUAAUUAUAAUUCUGCAAAAAAGAUGGAUGUCGAUCCGUUUGCUCAAACAUUUUCCUAUGGAGUGAAAGAAUCUAUGAGCACCCAGGCCGAGCAGAGUGUUUUGAAUCAGAACACCGACAAUAUAUAUCAAAGUAAAAGGGACGAGACUCAAAAUUAUUCUACUUAUUCUAACAAAGAUACAAAGAAGAUCAACACUAGUUCUUCUAAUAAUAUAAGCAACAAACCUCUCAUUCAGAAUACUCCUGUUACACGUUACUCGCAACAACCGACGUCGUUCGUGGCUACGUCCAACUAUGAGCAGAGUACGGUUACUGAAAAUCAUGCAAAGUCAACAACCACCGUUGCUCAUAAUUCCUCCAAUUUCAGCAUUUUGUCUUGGACGACUUUUUCUCCUGUAGGCGGAGGGAAUAAUAAUAAUCUGGUACAAUUUGAGCAGGGACCAAGUCAAACUGAUAAUACUGAGGCAAAAACGAUAUGUGAGAAUUAUAGUUACGUUCCCCUCCAUAAAGAAAAUCCAAAUUUCUCCAACGUGUUGACGAACGAUGUUUUUUCUGUGAAUUCUACUAUGGCUAAUAUGGACAAAUCAAGAAUGAAAUCGGGAAUGGAAACACAAAAACAGUCCUUUGUGGAUCCUUCUAAAACCAGGAAUAUUCAGACCAAUGUUCCACCAUCUAGUAAGCAAAAUCGUUUGCAGAAUCAAACUUCUUCCAACAACAAUGAUUACAACAAAUUUAGCACGGAAAACAAAAACAAGUCUAAGUAUGGAAUGGAAUCAGAGUAUAUUCAAAACGAAUAUUCUGGUAUGGAGCAACAAUCACAACAGCAACAGCCACAUGGACCAAAGAAUCAUCAAUCUAUGGCAGCGAAGCAGGACAAGACAAUCUAUCCAAUGUCUAACUAUGACUCUCAAGUAAACUUUGAUUUGUCCGAAGUUAGCGCGCAAAUGAAGUACCCCGUUGAGACUUAUACAAGUUCGAAUUUCAAAUAUCCUGACAAAUCUCAGCAGCAAAGUCAGAAUAAAUAUCAACCUUUGGUCCAAGGACAGGUCCCAUCUCUUCAACAUGACAGCGGUACUUACAAUAACGAUGGAAAACAUGGACAGCAACAAAGUACAACAAAGUCGAAAGGAAACCAGCAACAACACGCAAUUAGAGCGCCUGUAAAUUGGAUGAUGACCCCAGAGAUUAAACAUAAUGCCAAUAUUGCCGAUAUUAUUUUACCACCUAUUGGAAAGGAGCUAGAAUUUUGUCAGAACAAUCUGUUUGCUCAAACACCAUCCUACAAUCAAGGAACAGCGAAUCAAUUUUAUAACAAUUACGAUGUCGCAGCUCAUAGUUUUUCUAAUUUACCGGUCUUGCAGAGUGAGCCAAAAAGAACCUCAGAAGUGUUCUAUUCCGAGGAACAACCAUUCCCCUGGUCUCCCACGAAAACCAGCAUUCAUGUUGAACAAGCUCAACCAGUCAAGGGUAUAGAUCAGCAUAUUGUACCCUCCAGUCUUCCAACGUUGGUCGGUGAUCUAGAUUUAGGUACCAAUAUACCCGAGAAGCAGAAUUUCUUAUUUGGGCAAGUACCUUCGAGAGUACCUUCUGAUCAGAGUAAAGAUUCCAUCAAGGAUAAAGAAGGAAAUGUUGUGGGACGUGAUUUUCAUACUGUAUUGAAUAAUCAGACGGUCCAGCAUCCAACAGCUGGAUCCUCUUUCCUUUCAGUGAGUCAAUUGGUGGAACACGAGAAAGCUGAAAAAUCUCAUCAGCAACACCAUCAACAGCACCAUCACCACCAUCACCACCAUCAUCAUCAUGCUCAUCAGCAUCAACAACAACAACAACAACAGGCGAGGAAGCAUCAAAGGAAAAGCAAUACUAGUCCUAGAGGAAACAGUAAAAGGCAGUUGGAUAUCCGCAAACAAGGAUCAGGUAAUGAUCAACUACAUCAAAGACAUGAGGAGCAAAAAUCGUCCGGGCACACCUUUCCUGAACAAGGAUACCAACAGCAACAGCAGCAACAACAGCAAAAGUAUCAACAGAAUAACGUUCAUUGGAGGAACAGGAAUUGUAAGAGCAAUUAUACAGCCGAGGCACUGAUAGGGACUAAUAGUAGCGUACAUGACACAAACCAAGACAAACACGCUUCGAUUAAGUUCUCCACAAAUUAUUCGCAGAACAAGUUUCAAACAAGCCUGCCCACUGCGGAUGCAGUCAUGCCCCUUAAUUAUUUCUCAAAUGCGGAUGAUGGAAGUGGUUAUGGACAAAUGGUGAACCAGAACUUUAAUUCGUAUACAUACUCUUCUAACGCUAAUAUUUAUCCCACUUCGAAUUUUAUAACCAGUAUAUCAAACACACCUACCAGUUACAUGAUGCCAUUGCACGAUAACGCUGACUAUAUGGAAACGAAUGCCUUCUUGUUGUCAAAUGUGACUGUUACCUCAACUACCACCUCUUCAUCCUCGUCUACCGUGACAACCUCGACUUCAAACGUGAAUACGAACGUAAAGAACCAUCAACACUAUGGAAAGCAGCAAAAUUGUGAUAAAAGGCCAUAUCCUACGAACGCAAAGAAAGCAAAAAGAAAAGCUCUCGAUGGAACCAUGCAGAACUUAGAGUUUCCUUUGUCUGGUAUCAAUUCACCCCUAGAGGAUUAUCAUCACUCUACUACAUUUUUACCGCCGCCACCGCCGCCACACGCUAGCCCUCUUUAUCAGAAUCACACACAGACAAAUGUAUAUACCAAAGCGGUAAAUGGUCUACCACCGCCACCACCUGUAGGUGGUCCUCAGGGUGUACCUGCGGUAGCAACAGCUGGGUUUCCAAUGAAUCCAAACAUGCCAAGAGGAGGCAUCGUUGCCGGCAAUCAUAUGACUAUGAGCCAUCAUCCUUCUGGCACGAGUUUAACCAACUUCAAUUUAAGUACCAUUUUCCCAGAGAUGAAUGACAAAAUCACUGGAUAUAAACCACCAAACGGUAUACCACCUGGCUUGUCGCAGCCGCCAAAUCAGUCUGCAACUUAUGCACAGAGGACUAAUUAUACAACGAAUCCUCUCUGCCAUUUACCACAGGUUUGUUUAAUAACCAAAGAAUUUAGUAUUCCCUGUGAGCUAAAAUUAAACAGGAGCGUUGUCUUCAGGUGUCGGAAGAAAGUCAAUUUGGUAAUAGCGUUCCUCCUCCUCCUCCUCCACCUCCUCCUGGAGUGAUUCAUUACAAGAAUGUAUGAUAAUGUAAGUAUGAAUGUAGUGUAGUGUAUCAUACUUACAUUAUCAUUAUGACAAUGUAUGGAUGAUGAUGUAAGUAUGAGAAAUUACACAUUAAUCAUUCUAUUAUUGUAUAUAUGUAAAUAAUCGUGUAAUUGAUUAAAUUAAAAGAGGUUGAUAUAUAUUUGCGAUAUGUUUGA